GACGCCGGCAGCAGCCAUUGAGACUGAGGAUCGCAACGCCCGAAGGCAGGACCAGCAAGACACACGCCCGACACGAUGGCCGACCAGAAGACCGCCCCCACGAACACCAUGAAGGAGCUUCGCAUCGACAAGCUCGUUAUCAACAUCUCCGUCGGUGAAUCUGGUGAUCGUCUCACUAGGGCAUCCAAAGUGCUUGAGCAGCUUACCGGCCAAACGCCUGUCACCUCCAAGGCACGGUACACGGUCCGUACUUUCGGAAUCCGUCGUAACGAAAAGAUCGCGGUGCACGUCACCAUCCGGGGGCCCAAGGCAGAGGAGAUUCUCGAGCGGGGACUUAAGGUCAAGGAGUACGAGCUCCGCCGCAGGAACUUCUCGGAGACCGGCAACUUCGGUUUCGGUAUCCAGGAGCACAUUGACCUCGGUGCGCGGUACGACCCCGGCAUCGGUAUCUUCGGUAUGGAUUUCUACGUCGUGAUGGGCCGGCCAGGCGCGCGGGUCGCACGCCGGAAACAGAAGAAGGCGAGGAUUGGGUUCCAACACCGUGUCAAGAAGGAGGACACGAUGGCAUGGUUCAAGCAGCGGUUCGACGGUAUCAUCUUGGCCAAGUAAACGGUCUACCCACUCUUAUCCUAUGUUGUCGCGCUGUUAUGACUAUUGCCCCGCCAUGUAUCACACUACCGGAAGCCCGUGCUACGCUACGGCAUAGCAUAGGGAUCAUAGUGCCUUAUGAGUCAUACCGAACGUACGAUGUUUCAUAGUUCUGCUCUCGAGGAAGGUGGUUCGCGCGAUGUUCGACUUACAUAAGCAGCGCUUCCGACCGGCAGCUGCAGCGGCCACCGUCCCCUCAUUCCUUCAGCUCCCCUCCAGUGGAGCCUCCACACGAGCUU